GCCGCCGCUUCCCGCGCAAAUAUUUAAAAAAUAAAAUUGAAAAUAGUGCUCUUUCUGUCAGUGAAAAGUGUUUUUAAAAGUAAACAGUGCAAGUAAACAAAUUUAUUCAGCCAGUUUGUUUUUGUUUUUAUGUUCAAGUGGAUUUGUCCCGUGGUAGCCGAGCUGAAACCACACAAUGGAACCGUCGACAGCUUUGCUCACGACGUCAUGACAAAGAGAUGAACCAUUGAAGAAGACAUGUGAACCAUGAAAGUGGAUCUCGUAUUAAGUGACACGCCAGAAAACUAUACCUUGGACCUGUUAGACCUCUCGACAUCAAUGUAUCUAACCGACUCCUACGUCAAUAAAACCCUAGAACUCAACAUCACCACGAAUGAUCUAGUAUACUCAAAUCAAUUCCAAGAUGACCCGUUUAUCGUUUUUCUUGUCACACUUAAAUGUCUUAUCAUGGUGUUUAUUAUACUGGCAGCCAUAUUUGGAAACUUACUCGUAAUUGUAUCAGUGAUGAGACAUAGAAAGUUGCGUGUGAUCACGAAUUACUUUGUCGUGUCGCUCGCGUUCGCGGACAUGCUCGUAGCCAUAUGGGCGAUGUGUUUUAACUUUAGUGUUGAAAUAACGAAUGGGGAGUGGUUGUUUGGGUACUUCAUGUGUGACGUGUGGAACUCUUUAGACGUGUACUUUUCAUCGGCAUCGAUAUUACAUUUGUGCUGUAUAUCAGUGGACCGGUAUUACGCGAUAGUUCAACCUUUAGACUAUCCUCUUAUAAUGACAACGGCGAAACUCGGGAUCAUGCUAGCAGUAGUAUGGUGCAGCCCCGCUCUAGUCUCUUUCCUUCCAAUCUUCAUGGGGUGGUAUACCACGGACGAUCACUUAGAGUUCAGGAGAAGACAUCCAAAAGUGUGCAGUUUUACCGUGAAUAAAGUGUACGCAGUGAUAUCGAGUAGUGUUAGUUUCUGGAUCCCCGGAGUGAUCAUGUUGUAUAUGUACUAUAGGAUUUAUAUGGAAGCUGAUCGACAGGAGAGGAUGUUGUAUAGGAGUAAAGUAGCAGCCCUGUUACUGGACAAGCACCUUCAGAUCAACGGCAUCUCGAUGGGCGAGGCGAUGAGGGAGCGGCACAGCAUACAGAUGCAACCCAUGGCCAGCAGCAAGAUGAAGCGUGAGAGGAAGGCAGCGCGCACACUUGGCAUCAUCAUGUCUGCCUUCCUCGCCUGCUGGCUGCCCUUCUUUCUCUGGUACAUCAUAACAGCUCUGUGCGGCGACGCGUGCCCGUCGCCGCCGCCAGUAGUGGCUGCGGUCUUCUGGGUAGGGUACUUCAACUCAGCCCUCAAUCCACUCAUCUAUGCCUACUUCAACCGGGACUUCCGAGCUGCUUUCAGGAAAACACUCGACAGCUGCUGCAGAACUAUCUGUGGGGACUUCGCCCGCCGACACUGCUGCCAGCGCCAACGCCGCGAACACCAUCACUCCAACGCAUCAUCAGACAUCCACAUGAACAACUGCAUCAAGUCCACAUCAGCUGAUGUCCUCAGGGCACAUCAGGCAUCUUGCUCGAGGCCUGAGGAGAUCGUCUUCGAAACAUAA